AAUUUCAAAACAGCUGCUCUCUUCGUUGUGGACGUUGUUCAUCAGAAACAGCACGACAGGAUAAAUGGAAGUUUUAGAGGAAAACCUUAAACUGAUGGUGAAAACCUUCAGGAGGGAACGCCAUAGAGUUUUACAGUCUGAAAGGACCACAGUUCAUGGAGCUGACAGCAUGCUGAUGGUUCUUCAGCUGGCCAUGGCAGAAGUCAGUAAAAAGGUGAAAAUGGCGGUGAGACGAGUUUUCUGCUCGUACCAUUUACUCAUCAACUCCAAGAACGACCUGGCCUUGGCGCUCACCCUCAACGUCCCCGAUCGCAGUCUUGGACAUCAAGCGUUCACUGACAUCAAGCACGCAGCGCGGGACAGCAGCACUUCCCUUUUCCUGGCUCUGACAUCCUUCAUCCGGGCCAUCCAGCUCGGAGGAAAAGGCUACGCUCCAGCAGAGUCCAACCCGCUCAGGAAGCACGUCAAAGGCCUGUCGGAGUACGUCCAGUUCAUGGACAACUUAGAGGAAAUACUGGGGGAGACUCCUGAUCCCAGCACGUGCGGAGCCCGGUUGGUGACGGCCAUCAGGGCCGCUCUGGUGAAAGGACGCAGCAGUGGAGAUCCGGUGUACGCCGCCGCCGAAGAGACCUCAGAGGAGCUGAAGGAAAGGAUUUCCCAGCUUCACCAGAUCCAGAAACUGCCCGCCGACGGAAACGGGACGGGGAUCAGCCCCGCCAGGCCAAAAGCGUACGCUGUGAAUCACGCCACUGCAUACGGAGGGCGAGACACGGUGAAGGUGCUGCUGGCGCUGCUGGAUGAAGAAGCUCUUGCGCCGCCGUGUCGGAACAAGGCGGACCUGCUGUGUGAAGACCAGCCGGUCCUCAGCGGGUCGGAGGGAACCUGCACUCUCCUGCUGUUCAGAUCCCCUGAAGUGUCCACUGGAUCUUCUCCAGAACCCUUGAGGAACAGAGUCCAGAACCGGCUAAACCUGCUCAAACCCAAGGCCAGAGAGCGUGUUGUUCGAUCCCAGUUUGCGUGCACAUAUAAGGAGGAGGCGGAGCUUCCGCUUAGCCGUGUGUUGGAUUUCCCCAGCACUAGCCAGGUCCCUACCUGUGUGCACCCAGCGCCGAAGACCAAAACGACCCUGGAUGAUGGUUUUAGCUCAGAACUGAAGGACGGAACCACAGUCGAGUCUCCAUCUUCCGGUCAGACACAGGAGCUAAAUGAGGGACAACAGGGGUCCGCCGGCCUUAAGCAAAGAAGUGGAGAUCCUCAAAACAAGGUUACAGCUCCGCGUGGCCGGAAAAAAGACAAAGUUCAGAUGCAAACCAAGAGCAACAAGAGGAAGCAGCUGGAUCGCAGCCAACACGACGGAUCCGAAAACGAGCCUCCAGAGAAGAAACAGCAAAUUCAAGCGUCGGCUAAAGGAGCAGGCAGAAAUGUCACCAAGAAAACCAAACUGCUGGCUGGACAAGGGAAGCUGACCAGCUUCUUUAGAGUUUGAGAAAUGGAUAUGAUUUUUUUUUUAAUUAUCUGGCUGGAAAGACUUUUGUUUUGAAAUGACAUUUGUGCUCUAUUUUUUUGUAAUAAUGCUUCAUAGGUUCUUAACAUGAAGGAAAACAAGUUUUUCAACUUUUGCAUUGUUAAAAUUGGCAAAAUCAAAAUGUUUUUUUCAUAUUAGGUAAUAGUUGUCUAACCCAUCUGCCUCUAGAUCACUACAUCCCAUGAUGCAACUGAAAAUUGCUUUCCAUUAACUCAACUUUUUACCAUUAAAAGAGGAACUUCGAA